AUGGCGGACUCAAUCAACACCCAGGCCUUGACUGCGGCCUUUUCCUUUGGCUUAGUUGUCAAUGCCGCAUCGGGCGCUGUCUUUCUAUAUCUUAAAGGUCAUGCCUCGUCGCUGUUACGAGACGGCCUGAGGCUGGUCCUCGUUACUUUCCUUGCUACUUCCGCCCUGUGGGCUCAAACAGAUUUCAUUUCUACCCUAAUCAACGUAAACUCAUCAACAGGAUGCCAGGUCGCCAUCGUGUUCGCCUCCAUCUUUGACCAACUCGCCCGGGUAUCCCUACAACAAGCCAUCAUUUGGGCUGUCGACCACCAUGGCCAGGUUCCGCAAGCCGAAUCCCUCCUCACACAAGGCGCCAUCAUCAUGCGAUUUAUUCUCGGUGCCGUCUUCGUCGGGCUUCAGCGACCCCAACUCGAUACUGUCUGCAUUACCACUACGUCGCUUUUGCCCUUCGGCGUUGUCCUCCUUGCCGCCGACUUGGCUUUCACGACUGUCAUUCUGAUCCGGGUUAUCUCCUUUGGAUUGAUCAAAGAUAUGCAGCAAGGAACGGCUACAUCAAGUCGGAGCAGGGCUGCCAUUUUAACGAUUGCUGGCUUGGGAAUCUGGACUGCGAUGAGCGCUCCCCUGAUGCUGGGCAUCAGGUCAGCCGAUGUAAUUACUAGGACCGCGGUUCCCGCUACUGGUCUCUCGAUCUUGAUUGGCGUCUUGACACUGUUCAAGGACAGUCUUGUAUCCUCUAAAGAAGACUCUACUAGCCUAACCGAAGAUGCAACAAUGCGAGGCCCCCAUACGACUCGACAGUUGCAGAGCCGAGAUAUAUCGACAAGCGACUCCACGCUCCCCCCCAGCCGAUACGAGGAAUUAAAGGACGACGCACUUGCAUCAUUCAGAGCUGCGGCGCAACUGCAGACUUCCCAACUCGUAACAGGACCAGGAGGACCGCCAGGCAAGCUUCCCGUCAUAGCAAGACCGUAUGCCGGACAAGCUGCGACCGGGAUCGGAGGUGUUCCCGUGCAAGGCCAGUUCUUCCCUCCGAUGAGAUCACAGACACUGCCGGUUAGCAUGGAAGCUAGGGACAUCAACAAACGCCCUGGGAUGGUCACGAGAAAGGGCACUAAGUUGACCAUCUCGAACCCGAUCUUGAGCGAAGCGAGCGAGCAACAAGUCAUGACCAAGAUUCCGACUAUCGACUUGGCUACCGCAGCGCAGAACGAGAAGGAUCGAGCGAAAGCAAGCCACAUGUUGGGGUCCUCAGCACCGUUUGUGUCCCGCACGGAGCUUCAACCACCGCCAAUACCCGCCAAAGCGGUCAAGAGGAAAUCGCUAAUCUCGAGUGGCGAUGCCGUGGCAAACUCAUACGCUGGUGGAGGAGGGGCCCAGGUUCCUGAAUUAUCGUCUAUGGAGAAAUCGAUGGCGACAACCUCUGCCACCAUGCUUUCCCCGGGAAUGGAAGAACUUCGACGAAGGUCUCCUCGACAGGCGACAAAUAUCACUCAGCCACAAGCAGCAAAUACUCGUCGUCCGCAAACUAGUGGUUCAUCUCAACCAGAGCCGCAGUUCCCUACUCGCAUGUCAUCUCUCCAGCAAAAUCGGAUAUCCUCGCUUACGAAGCCUCUACCAAAUGCGCCGUUUCCUCCGUCUAAGGUCAACUUCUCCUUUCCAGUAGAUCCACGAAAGCCGGUUCUCCCGCUCGAACACGAACCGGCCAAACAAGGUAUCCGACCCUCCAGACAGGGACCGGAGCCUCCAGGUCCUAAAACCCCUUCUACGACAAACCUACCAGCCCUCACUCCAGCAAAAUCUGGAUUACCAAGCAAUCCCAGGGCAAUUCGGAUGAAUAUGGACCGAAUAGUGGCUCAGGAUCAGACUGUCAUGUUCAUGAAAAGCAUCGAGUACAAUAACCCAGCUGCUGUUAAGAGGGUUGUGGAUUCGGCGAAAGAUAAGCAGUCGAUGAAGUCUCCAGGACGGUCUGCUUCGAUGGUUCAUAGGCCAAGGCCCAUUCCUCGACUACCUUCGAUUGACCGCGCCAUAUUCCCUGCCGAAGGAUCUCCAAACAUGCACCAGCACAAGCGAUCACUCUCUAAUGGCCUUUCCCGGACCAGGACAUUGAUGAUGUUCCCGGCCGUCCCGAAUUCUGGCAAGCUUCUUGCACUCCCGCCACUGCCAAAAAGCGCCGGAAUCCUACUUCGGGCUCAGCCAGAUGAUGCCAGAAGCAUGACCUGGGACGAGAAGAUGGACAUGUUUUACCCGCAAAGUGGGAGUGCAAGAUCAAGCAUAGCAGGGAGCAUGAGGAGACGAUCACGAUCAGUACCCGAUGUUCCCAUCAUGCCGAUGAUGCUGUCGGACGACAAGGUGGACAUGGCAUCUCCCCGUAACAGCAUAUAUCAUACAGACGCGUCGGCAAGAACAUCUGCAGCGACUCAAAGCAUAUCCAUCUUGCUUGAAGACUUCCCUCGACCCCAAGAGAGUAUUAGCUCCUCGAAAGCCAAAUCAACCGACCCCCAGAGCGCUAAUCGCGAACUGAAACCGAAGGCAUCCAAGUCACCAACGCAGAAAACUUCAUCCAAAAACGUAGCAGAUCGACGAUCAUCACCUAUUCUUCCGGCCGAGGACUUGAGCAUGUUUUCCCCUUACAGCGAGGCCAGGAGCCGAGAUGACGAGGCCUCAACCAAUUGGGGAUCAAUCCACUCUCCAGGAACGUUUGUCAAUGUGCAAAAAGCCCGAGCUGUCGAUGUGCCAGCUGUUCCAAAGCUGCAUCUACUACAUAAUGGUGCCGAAGUCGUGGUCGGCACACUGCCCCCACAGGGCCGGGAUGAGGACAUGGGGGCCUCGACUGUUAUGUCGGAGACCUCCGCGGACAACGUUGUCGUAGCGGCUGAGGAAGCACAGGCAAUUACUGAGAGCGAGCACGGAUGGCACCGUCGGGUCGGGGAAGAAUGCCCGUCAUUCUCAGACAGAGGACAAAUUGUGAGACCUCGAAAGGUCCCUCCACCAGCGCCGCUGUUGCUCAACAGGACCAACAUGGUGCCUAUGGCAGUUCAGGCUGAAGUGUCACCGCUCGAGUCGCCCGAGCACGCGCUAGCCAUGAUUCAAGAGCAGCUGAGAAAACUUGAGGAUCCGGGCAGAGAAUCGGCCAGUAGCGGACAAGGAGAGAGAAUGACCCUCUUAGCCGAUCUCGAAACGGAGCUGGGCCAGCAGGAGCAUCAAUGGCAAGGACUCCGGGGAACGCUACUGGUGAGAGAUUCGCAAUCGACGCUUGGGGCUACACCAGACCUAGAUUCACUGCUUGGGAGCGCCAGUCGAUCAUUUGCGACACCGCUGAGAGAGGACUAUCUGCAGGCCGCCUCUACGAAACAGGUAUCCCGGCAAUUGCUCCCGGAGCAGGUUGCUGGCAACACUGGACACCCCUCAUCCCAAGCUUCAGACCCCACCCAUGGCGGCAUGCCACAACAAGCAUUGGCCCGAGACCAGACCGCAUACGUGGGCAGCCGAGGAGACCUGCCGACUAAGGCGGCAAACAACAAAGAAAGCUUGCAGGUUGCGGGUUCACGCGAGCCUUUAUUUUCAUUGAGCAAGACCGCUCCUCAAUGGACUGAUGACGCCGCCGGAAGCGAAUACGACCGAGAGUCCAGGGUCGCGCAUACACACCCUGCCAAGACGCUGUGGUGCCCCAUUUCCUCUGAUGCAGCAGUAUCUGGGGCUACACGGGCAUUCCUUUGGACCCCAGCAGCUAAAGCUGCGGCUUCAGAGAUUGUUCCUAGUCAGAUUGCUCUAGACACGGUCCGACGUCGGAUUGACCAAAACUUGGAGCCUCUUACAAUUGAGAGCUCGCAUCUCUGGAAGAAGCCCGUAUCUGAACGCCGGUUUUCGCAGCAUGGAGUCUGGCGAUCAACGUCGCGCCCCGUCUCUGGGGGCGAGGACCAACUGCAGGUCAAGCCGGAGCAGGAGCCAGCCAUGGAGCCAGUAAUAGAGCAACAAGUUAACCGGCUGGCGACUCAAAGGCCCCCACGCAAGAGCAAGCGGAUCACCCUGCUACCAGACAUUCUGGAGAGCCCCAAGCCCCUCGAUAGGCGUGGAACUCUGGGGAUCUUCCAAUUUCCCUGGGGCGAGAUGUCAGACAUGCCCUCUGUCCCGGCUCGGCCGCUGACCAUGAUGGCCAUGGCCGGCACGAUGACAACGGGACAGGGACGGGAGCGGACCGCAAUGGGCAGCGGGAAUGCACCGGGCUCAACGUCGUUCUUUGAGGACUAUGAGGCGGAGGAGGAUGGAGACAGCGACUACGGUAGCUACUACUCGGAGAGCGAUGAAGACGACGACGACGAUGGAUUUGAUGAGACAGUGUUGUGGGAGAUUGCCAGCCUGCUCAAGCCGAGCCAGGAGAGAGGCAGCAGUAGCGGAUUUUUCCCCGCUGAAGACGCACACUACCAGAUUCCCCAGCGCGGAGAAGACGGCGCUACCACGCUUUACUCCGACGAGGCAGACGGUGUGGAAUUUGUGAGGAGGGACGACCCUGAAGCGCUGCGGUUUAUCACUACUAAUUUCGCGUCGUCAGAGACCAAUUCGCCAAAGACAGGACUCCCAGGACUCCCAGCAGUGACGGGCACACCCAAAGCCCGGGACACGCCAAUGACAGCGGGGACACCAAGGACACCUAGGGCCGCAAGCGCGUCACCACGCAGUGACGGCCCCCACGCCACAGCGACGCCAAUGGAAACGGACCAGGGCCCUGGGCGGCUGCACGGGGUUAUGCAUGGAUUUUUGCAGGGUCGCGAAAAGCCUGUUGCGCAGGCGAGCGCCAGCGCGGGCACGGACGAGGCCAAUCUGAACUCGGCAACCGAUGCCGCGAGGGGCCUGUCGCCGAAGGCCGAGCUUAGACAGCAGGGCAGCGGAGAUGGUGGAUUUGGUGGCCACGGUGGAGGUGUUGAUUCAAUAAGCAACUCCGACUCUGUGCUUCCUAAUCGCCUGGCUGGCGCGCCAAUGACGACGGCCCCCUCCGAUCAUGAGCCGUCUGGCACCCCUUCUGCGAGCCCCAUCCCUCGCAAUCCUGGUCCGGCUCAGACAGACCCUCACCACCCUCAGCGCACCCUCGCUCACGACGCCGACGACGCCCACACCCUAGUUGCGGCGUGGACAUUGAAUUCCGUCGAGGCCAAGGCGCCACCCCGCCAGGUCCCAGCGCAUCCAGUUUCCCCAAGGGUUUUGCUGCCCUCCGCAGAAUACUCCGCCAACGCCGACGAGGACGCUUUUAUACAAACCUCCCCCUCCGCCGACUCUGCAACCCUCCCCAAGUUUGCUCUCUCAUCAAUCUCUCACUCGUCCUCUCCAUUGUCGCCAUUGUCCCCAGUGUCGACUCAGAACUCCGUUCCCCAGCAACAGAUCCUGCUCCGGAACGCCCACCACUUAUCGCUUGCUGGUCCGAUGGCCAUGUUGUGGUCCCCCCCAGCCGCUCCCAUCCUGCGCCCCUCCAAGGGGCUCUCUCAACCUGACGCCUCAACCUGGAAUUCCUAUCUUCCCAUCGACAACGCUGCUCGUGCCCAGGCUCGCAAGUCCGAGCUCGCCACGCUUCAGAGCACUGCCCUUUGGGUCCAGCCGCCGCCCCAGAGGGCCCGCGAGCCUUCCCUCGAUGGACUCUGGACCCCCGUUUCGCCCAAGGAAUUGACGGCGACGCUGCCGGCCAUGUGGGCGCUGCCCCCGGCUAUUGAGCGAGUUUCCUACGGUCUCCCCCAGCCCGAUGCGGAGUUGUGGGCGACCUAUCUCCCCGUCGACGAGGAAACACCACGCGUGAAGCAGCGAGAGGCUCACCCUGCCACCAUUAAAAGCCAGGCCAUGUGGACGAAACCUUCCAAGGCGACCAUCGUCAGUGGUGACGGACCCCUGUGGACUGCCCCCAAAUCCGCCAACGGCACUGUGGAUGCGCCGCUGGAGAUUUCUAGCUCAACUCCCGAAGCGGUCAGCUUUGGCUUGUGGGCGCCUGCUCCCGCCGCCGCCGAACCCAAAGAACCCGUGGGCCUGUUUAGCCUGAGCCAUGAGCGUUCCGAUUUCCGGACCACGUCACUAUCUCCGGCCGCACUGCUCAUGGCUCGUAAGCCCCGGGCCCCGCAGCCGCCGUUCGCGGACUUCGGCUUUACGCAUCUCUGGAACCAGACUCCGCUCUGGGACGCCGCCGCUGCUGCUGCGGCGGUCAAGAUGCAGCGAGAGAUUGACGAGCUUGUUCAUGAGGGCCUGUUCAGCCUGAACCACCGCCGCACCAAUUUCCGCACUACGUCCGAGCCACCCGCCGCGCUUGUUACCAAGAGCAAGGCGCGCAUCUCGCAGGAGCCUCUGCCGAAGCUCACCUCAGAUAGCCUCUGGUCUGUGCGAGAUCAGUCCCCUGCAGUUGAGCUAGACUGGCUUGUUAUCUCGUCCUCCAAGCCCAGGACCUCGUCUGUCGAUUCGUCGUCGACGGACACCGAGUCCCUGGACGCCACCAAGGCUUCUACUACCGCCUCGUCGGUCGCUUCUUCUGUCACUUUCGAGGACGCCUCUACGAAGCCGGCCCGUCGGUUGGAUGCAACCCCGGCUCAGUGGCUGGAGGCUCUCCAAGCUGCCAUCUCCGCAAGCAAGGAUACCGCAACCCUGGCAAGCAAGGACCAUGUGCUUGACAGCUCCGACUCCCCAUCCUCUGCUUACCAACUCUGGUCCAAGCGCGAUGAUGACAUGUCAGAAGAGGAGGCUGAUGACAAUGCCAUGUGGCGGCCCUCGUCCUCGCCCACCAACCGCUACCUGGUGCUCACGUCGACCCCCGGCGAGCUCGACGACAGCCAGCUCCGCGCCUCGUCGGAGACGUUGCGCCGAGGCGGCAAGUUGCAGGCCCGCCCGCCGCCGCCGGUCUUCCACGGCUCGUCCGUCUCGGCCUUUGUUCCCGGGGUCAGCGAGACGCCGCGGGACUUCAGUGCACAGGCGCUCUGGACCUCGGACCCUGCUGCCGUCGCCGCCGCCACGGCCGGUGCAACGAUUGAGGAAGAGCGAGCCUGGCUUGACAAAUCGCUCCGACAGAGCAUGUCCCUGGUGAAGCUUUGGUAA